UCUUUGCAACCUACUACUACUACUUAUCUUUCCUUUCACUUGUAGAAACAGAGAAAUUCUUUGAUUCUCCAGCUUGGGAUAUAUUUAAGUUUUACUACUUCAAACAGUUGUUUGAUUGUUUCCAAUGGUGAUGAACAGAUAAAAUUGGUUAUUCAUCAUCAUCAUGUCAUGAGUAAUAUGAACUUAUUAAAUCCAGACUGCUUUCUUUUCUUUUCAAUCACUGUUCUUCAUUUCUUGUUUGCACCUGUUUCUUGCUUUCAUCAUAAUCAACAACAACAACAGCAAUGGCUGAAUUCACCAUCACAACCUCUUACUCAGGGUUUUGUGAUGGAAGAUAAAUCGAGAUUAGGAUCAACACCACCAAGUUGUUAUAAUCGAUGUGACCAUUGUAAUCCAUGCAUGGCUGUUCAAGUACCAACACCAAUUCGUGACAGAUUUAGACCUGGUUUAAAGAAAUUAGUUCCAUUAAUGAAGAAGAAGAAGAAGAAUGAAGAAAAGAGUACUGAAUCAGUAUAUUCAAAAUCAUCAACAGGUAAUGAUCAGUACACAAAUUACAAACCCUUAGGAUGGAAAUGCAGGUGUGGAAAUCACAUUUUCAAUCCUUGAUUAUUAAUGGAGAAUUUGUGAUUAGAUUAAUAAUUAAUCUCGGAUUGUUCUUGAGAUUCUUUGAAGAACAAGAUGCAGUAAGUCUUAGGAUUAUUGUACCGUUUUCAUUACUAUACUGUAAAUACAGGGGAUGUGUAAAUAAAGUGUCAAGUAACAUCUUAUUUUCUC